CACUAUCACACGUGCGCUCUGCUGAAAUUAAAUCACACACUUCAACACAUACUCGCCAACACACUCACACAUACGCGCGACCUGGGCUAACCAAUGCACUAAUCGCCUGCCCCGGGCAUAGGAGGAGCUUGGUGCUUAAGUAGGCUGCCAAUCAGUCAGUCAGCUCCACAUCCACAAAGCUCCCGCGGCCAGACGCUCGCAUCACUCCGCUCUCGAGGUGCCAAACUGCGGCUCUGACAUUAGCUACUCCGUGGCGGCGGAGAGGAGGAGACGCUUGGCAGUUUCUGAAAUAAAGGGGGUAUCUUUAGGUUUAGACAGCAACCCCCCACCCUCCCUCCUCCUCCCCUUUUUUUCUAUCUGAGGAUUCCUACUUUCUUUCUUUUCUUUUUUUUUUCUUGCUGUAUUCCUCUUUUGACUUUUGUGGAGCUCUGUACCGCACGGACUUUUUUCCCCCUCUCCCCCGGACAUGUCUUUCCCUCAGCUGGGGUUCCCCCAGUUCCUCAGUGCCUCACAUGAGGUGUACGGGAGCGAGCGGCCGGCCUCAGCCGCCCGGGACGGAGGCACGGAGGGCGCAGUGAGCUCCUCCGCUACGGCCGCGGCUGUCGGCUCUAUGCUGGGGAUGUACGGAAGCCCGUGGGCGGCUCCGAACUACAGUGCCUUUCUGCCGUACAGCGGAGCGGCGGACCUCGCCCUCAUAUCCCAGAUGGGCUCCCAGUACGAGCUGAAGGACGGCCCGGGCUCCCACCCAGCGGCCUCGCUGCCCGUCCACCCCGCUCAGGGCUUCUACCCAUACGGCCAGUACCCCUACGGGGACCCGUCCCGGGCCAAGACGGCCACCAGGGAGACCACCAGCACCCUGAAGGCCUGGCUGCAGGAGCACCAGAAGAACCCGUACCCCACCAAGGGGGAGAAGAUCAUGCUGGCCAUCAUCACCAGGAUGACCCUCACACAGGUCUCUACGUGGUUCGCGAACGCUCGCAGGCGCCUGAAAAAGGAGAACAAGGUGACCUGGGGCCGCAGCGCCGAGGACCGGGACGGCCGCAUCUUCAGCAGCGACAACGAGGACGAGCACGGCAAGACCGGCAGCGACGACGAGGAGGAAGAAGAGGAGAUCGAUUUGGAAACUGUCGACAUCGAGAGGCCGGAGGAGCAGCGAGCUGGGGAGCCCGGCUCCGGGAAGGGACAGGGGGAAGCGGGCCUCUCCGUCAGGGAGCAGGCCUCCACGGAGAGCGGGAGGACGCUGUCGGCGGAGGCCGGGGACAAGCUCGCUGCAGAGCGUUCGCCGAGCAUACCGGAGUGCCAGAGAGCGCCGCAGAGCAAACCGAAAAUCUGGUCUUUGGCGGAGACCGCCACGGCCCCCGACAGCGGCUCGCACAAAACUACUCCCCCCGCGGCCUUCGCGCAACAGGCGGCUUUGGCUUCCGCCGGCCACCCGGCCUUGCUGCCGGGUCACGGAAUAUACACUUGCCAGAUCGGCAAGCUGCACAACUGGGCCAACGCGGCUCUGAUUAACGCCAACUCUAUUCUGAAUAUGCGGUCGCUGCUGGGCGGCGCGCCGCCCGGACACCUGCCGCUGCACGGAGCGGUGCCGGCGCCCGCCGCCGCGGCGGCCAGUGCUGGGAUGUCGGACUCGGAGGAUGACAGCGACGUGGAGUCAUCGGGAAGCUUCAGCCCAAAAAGAGAUGAUGAGGACAGCGAGCGCAGACCCGAUUCCCUGAAGUCUCCCUUUCAGCUCAUCACUGACAGACCUCACCACGGAACGACGCCACAGCGAGUUCUGACGACGACGUUAUGAGAAGACGAAGCAAAAAACUUUCUAUGAGAAAAAGAGAGGGGGGGGAAAAAGCAGAAAAAGAAUAAUUUUAUUUAAUGGAGAACAGUUAAAUGAUGGCUAUUUUUCUGAAAGCUUGACCAGUUAUAGUAUUAGCGUCCACAUGCAAAAGAGAUGUCAGAGAUUUGCUUGUUUUUGUUUUGUUUUUUCUCCUUUUAUGUGUUUUUUCUAUUUGUUUCUUCUGCUCUUCUGUUGUGAAUGGAAAAAAAACCCUUGGAAAUUUGUAAAUACACAUUAUGAAUUUGUCUUUAAAGAGUAUAUUUUUUUGGGACCUAAAUAAAUGUCAGUAUAAGCGUUUAUUAU